GGCGCCGCUUGUUUGAAAUCGGCAGGGUGGGCUCGCGGCGGACCGGAGACGCUGGGUUUGCCAUGUCCACCCCUCCGCUGGCGCCCACGGGCAUGGCGUCCGGGCCCUUCGGCGGCCCGCAGGCGCAGCAGGCCGCGCGCGAGGUCAACACGGCCACGCUGUGCCGCAUCGGGCAGGAGACCGUGCAGGACAUCGUGUACCGCACCAUGGAGAUCUUCCAGCUGCUCAGGAACAUGCAGCUGCCAAAUGGUGUCACUUACCACACUGGAACUUACCAAGACCGGUUAGGAAAGCUGCAGGACCACCUUCGGCAACUCUCUAUUCUCUUCAGGAAGCUACGACUGGUCUAUGACAAGUGCAAUGAGAACUGCGGCGGAAUGGAUCCCAUUCCUGUUGAGCAACUGAUUCCAUAUGUGGAUGAAGAUGGCUCAAAGAAUGACGACCGGGCUGGGCCACCUCGUUUUGCUACUGAGGAAAGACGAGAAAUUGCGGAAGUAAAUAAGAAACUCAAACAGAAGAAUCAACAGCUGAAGCAGAUUAUGGAUCAAUUACGGAAUCUCAUCUGGGACAUAAAUGCCAUGUUGGCAAUGAGGAACUAAACUGAUAUUUAAAUCUCCUGCUCUACUCAUGUGAUAUGAUUGGUUUUUCCACCCUCUUGAAUAUUUCUUCCUUUGAAAAAGAUUAUUUAUGUCUUUAUUUUAACAGCUAGCUCUAAAGUUUCUGUUUUCACUUUAAAGUAUUUACUAGCUUUUUUUUUAAUACUGUGGAUUUUAUGAGAGAUUAUUGUAAUACCUUUGAUAGGGUUCGAGUUUUGGUUAAUCUUCAUAAAUUGAAGAAAUUUAAAAAAUACAAAUAAAAAUUUAAAUAUAACCA